AUGGCCCGGAGGGGGCCUGCGCGGCCCGGUAAGAUACUGUCUUCUGGAAGACUAACAGGAGCAGCUAAAUUAACAAAUGGACGAAAACAGUUUGGCUUAAGAAAAGGAUGUAAUUCUGAUGUGGAGUCUGCAUACUCUCCCUAUUCCACUGAAUCUGAUGAUCAGGUUGAUACUAUUCACAAUGGACUUGACCGUUGUGCAACUUUGCUGAAGAAUAUCUUACAAAAUGAGGCAGCAGAAAGGGAGCCAAUCCACAAAAAAACAGUGAAAAGUUCUGUUAAAACUGUUUCCAAGCCUUUGCUAACCAAAGGAAAUACUUCUAAGAAGAAAGGGUUGGGAAAAAACUUUACUCCUGCCCACAUCCAAAAAGAAAUCGUGCCAACCUCAGAUAGAAAAUUUGCCUCAUCCAUUACACCUUCUGCUCCGAAAGAACAUCCCUGUGCAGCACAGAGUCAGAUGGUUCAGCUAAUUCAUGUGCCUUGCAGCCAACGCUCUCCUGUGACGCAUCAGAAACUGUGCGAGCAUGUGCAGACUCAGAUGUCUCUCAUAACUGGCCAAACACCACAGAACAGCAAUGAAAUUCCUACUUUAAUUCCUUUUCCUACCUCAAGUCGGGGAAGUCAAAAUGUUGCAGCUUUUAAUUACCGAAUACCUACCUCCACAUUAGCUCUACCCCUGCAGCAUUCAGCUAAUCUCAUAUCUACUCAGUCAGAUGUUCCUGUAGAGAGUGGCAAUGCAUGUGUGCCAGAGAUGGGAGGACCUGUGGUUUGCCCAGUGGUAUCUGCUGCUCCUACUGCACAAAUACAAUCUGCCAGUGCUCUUCCUAAUGUGCUCCCUCGUGUAGCAUCAAGUGAACUAAGUAACACUACAGUGCCUACAUUCACCCCAUCAUCUGGCAGAGGGAUGACCCCAAACCAUGAGCAACAUAUAAAAGAAGCAGAUUUGAUAAGAUGCAUACAAGCUCACCUGGCUCUGUUACAGUCACAUGGAAUGAUGAAUGGCAGGACUGAAUGGGAGUGCUGUCAUCAUUGUCCAGCAAAACAUGCUUCAAGUAAAAAGGAGGAUGAUACUUCUGAAGAACUCAAUGAGGACAUGGUCAAUGAAGAAAAUGAACUGAAUGUAGUUGGCGUAUCUCCAGUGAGAGAUACAAGCUGUAAGACAAAUUUUGUGAAGAAAGUUCUAAAAUCUAGAAAAGGAAGUCCAGAAGAAACAGCCCAUAAGGUUAAGACUGUAAAACACCUUCUGGGAGAGCUCAGAGCAUUGAUAACAGAUCAUGAUGAUUUGGAAAUGUUAAGGUUGAUGGGUGAAAUAGAAGACUGCAUAUCACUGCUCCCAGCUGUAGCAGAGAGUACAAAUACACAAGCUGAAAUAGCACUAGCUUUACAGCCUCUCAGAAGUGAAAAUGCCCAGCUGCAGAGGAAACUAAGAAUAUUAAACCAACAACUUGAGGAGCGAGAAAGAAGUGAGAAGACAUCUGGACAGAGCUGCAGUUAUGAAUUGGUUCCUUUGCAGUCCUUGAAUAUGAUGCUCCAAAGUCAAUUACAAGAAUCACUGAAAGGCCUUGAGUCACUGCAGGCUAAAAAUGAAGAACUACUUAAAAUAAUAGAGAGUCAGCAAGAAGAAAAUAAGCGUCUUGCAAAAGAUAUUCAAGAUAAAGAAGAAGAAUUGCUUGAAAACAAACAGCAUUAUGAUAUUCAUUCCACCAAGCUCAAAAUUGAAGUGGAAGAGGCAUUAGCAAAUGUGAAGAGCCUUCAAUUUAAGCUGGAAGCUUCCGAGAAAGAAAAUAAGAUUUUGGGGAUAACAUUACGUCAGCGUGAUGCAGAAGUUAACAGGCUGCGUGAAUUAACCAGAACCUUGCAGGGCAGUAUGGCCAAGCUUCUCUCUGACCUCACAGUAGACGUUAGACCCAAACCUGAAAAGGGUCUUUCAAAGUCUCUUUUGGAAGACCACGAAAAGCAGAUGCAACCUGAUCCAUUUCCUGGAAGUACUUCAGUAAUGGCUUACUUAAAAAAAAUAGAAAUGGAUCAUAUUUUGACAGAUACAGAACUUCAGUUUGCAAAUAAAAGUGAAGAAUUAGAAAUGCAAAAUCUAGCCUAUGAAAACUUGGUAACUGAAGGAAGUAAAAUAAACAAUACAUUCUCAAAAGAAGGAACAUCAGCACCCAGAAUACUACUAACCUCAGUGAAGCAAGAUGCAGAAACAGUUAGUGAUUCUGGGACUUUACUAGAUGACCGAAACAAGUUGGAUGAGACUGUUUAUAUUCCAUUGUCUAGCAGUUCCUCUAAAAACCAGCAGCCCAUCUCAGAAAGAACUGGUGUGCUACCUCAAAGUAGGGAGGCGUGUAAGAUGUUGGACUACCGCUGUGAGCUUUCAAACUCUAUGCAGCAGAAUGGAUGUGAUACAUUAAAGGAUCAAACUAAUCUGGAUAAAAUAAGUGCUGGGUACAGUAGGAAAAAGACUAUGGAAAACACACUUGAAGCUACAGGGGAUAAAGUAGAGCCCGAAGGAGACAAAGUACAAAUGAGGCCAAAAGGGACUCCAAGUAGGGCUGCAAAAGACUUCACUGAUAAAUCAGACCAUCCUCAGCCUGGUGCAUAUCCUCGCAUACCAGUGCUAUUUCAGAAAGAAAUUUCUCAGAGAAAAGGCAGUGAAAUAGCUAGGUUUAGUUCCAUUUCAUUUGAUGAUAUAUCAGGGAGGUCUGAGUGGAGUGCAUCUUCCUUCUCAACAUUUACUUCUCGAGAUGAAGAGGACUUUAAGAACAGCUUAGCAGCCUUGGAUGCCAACAUAGCUAGAUUACAAAGAACUCUGCAAAACGGCAUGAUGAAGCAGUCACUAUGAGGAAACAAAAUGGGGUGCACUCAUUUGGAUUAUUUAGGAGGGUUUUAAGUACAUCAGUAAGUAUGGUACCAA